CUCUCCAAGAACAGUCACCAGCGCCCCCAGAAUUCCAUACUACAGACACUCCUGGCGGGGAUAAAGGGGUGCCCCUGGAACCACGCAACUCCAGGAUGGUUUCUAUUGUGGGCGCGGAAGGGAGAAGGUCGUGGCACGAUACUCUCUUCCACUCCCAUCCUAACACUCCCACGGUGGCCCGCCCCGGAACGCGUGCGGAGCCUGGUGCGUCCAACGACAUAGGUCCCGGGUUAAGAGUGCGAGUUUCCCGGUCCGGAGGUGGCGGUGUGUGCAUAGCCCCGCCCUGCACCUGCACGCGCUCUGCACCCCACUCCUGGCCCCGGGAACCCAAGCCGCUGGGACACCGGUCGCAGUGCCUGGUCACCCAAGGACACACCCAAGUCUGUCCGGGCCGCGUGACAGACUACCGCCAAUCUGCAGCAAAAGCGGGUGGUUCCAAAAAAAAAAAAAAAAAGUCCGUUUCCUGUUUCCGCCGUGGUUCCGCUUCCUGCCGACGUCCCGGUGCCCCACUGCCCCAGCGGCUUGGCGCUCCGGCCCAGGCCGCCCGACCCGGCGGAGAGCGCGCCAUGGCCGCCCCUGACCUGUCCACCAACCUCCAAGAGGAGGCCACCUGCGCCAUCUGCCUCGACUACUUCACUGACCCGGUGAUGACCGACUGCGGCCACAACUUCUGCCGCGAGUGCAUCCGGCGCUGCUGGGGUCAGCCCGAAGGCCCGUACGCCUGCCCUGAGUGCCGCGAGUUGUCCCCGCAGAGGAACCUGCGGCCCAACCGCCCGCUCGCCAAGAUGGCCGAGAUGGCGCGGCGCCUACAUCCGCCAUCGCCCGUCCCUCAGGGCGUGUGCGCCGCGCACCGCGAGCCGCUGGCCGCCUUCUGCAGCGACGAGCUGCGCCUGUUGUGCGCGGCCUGCGAGCGUUCUGGGGAGCAUUGGACGCACCGCGUACGCCCGCUGCAGGACGCGGCCGACGACCUCAAAGGGAAGCUGGAAAAGUCCCUGGAGCACCUGCGGAAGCAAAUGGAAGAUGCCCUGCUGUCCCAGGCCCAAGCAGAGGAGACCUGUGCCUUGUGGCAGAAAAUGGUGGAGAGCCAACGGCAGAACGUGCUGGGUGAAUUUGAGCGCCUGCGCCGCCUGCUGGCUGAGGAGGAGCAGCAGCUGCUGCAGAAGCUGGAGGAGGAGGAGCUGGAGGUGCUGCCCCGGCUGCGUGAGGGCGCUGCAAGGCUGGGCCAGCAGAGUGCUCAGCUGGCCACGCUCAUCACAGAGCUGGAGGGCCGCUGCCAGCUGCCGGCUCUGGGACUUCUUCAGGACAUCAAGGAUGCCCUGCGCAGGGUUCAGGAUGUGAAGCUGCAGCCCCCAGAGGUGGUGCCCAUGGAGCUGAGGACCGUGUGCAGGGUCCCGGGGCUGGUAGAGACUCUGCGGAGGUUUCGAGGGGAUGUGACCCUGGACCCGGACACCGCCAACCCUGAGCUGGUCUUAUCUGAGGACAGGAGGAGCGUGCAGCGAGGUGACCUGCGGCAGGCCCUGCCCGACAGCCCUGAGCGCUUUGACCCUGGCCCCUGUGUGCUAGGUCAGGAACGCUUCACCUCGGGCCGCCACUACUGGGAGGUAGAGGUGGGGGAUCGCACCAGCUGGGCCCUGGGUGUGUGUAGAGAGAAUGUCAACCGCAAAGAGAAGGGGGAGCUGUCCGCUGGCAAUGGCUUCUGGAUCCUGGUCUUCCUGGGGAGCUACUUCACCUCCACGGAGCCGGCCUUCUCUCCGCUCCGGGACCCUCCUCGGCGCGUGGGGAUCUUUCUGGACUAUGAGGCUGGACACCUCUCAUUCUACAGCGUGACUGACGGGUCCCUGCUGUUCAUCUUCCCGGAGACAACCUUCUCUGGGACACUCAGGCCCCUGUUCUCGCCUCUCUCUAGCAGCCCCACCCCUAUGACCAUCUGUCAGCUGAAAGGCAGGCCAGGGGACACCCUGGUUCCCCAGUGACUGAUGCUCUCAGGAAGGCCCCGCACCUCCCCAGGGCCCUAGUCAUGGACUCUGGGUUUCUCGGCCAUGUGGGGACCCUGGAGGAGGGGAGUAUGUCCUGAGUGGUAGGAAGAACAUAUAGUGCCUUCUGAGUGCUCCAGGCCCUGGCUCUGGGGACUGCAUCAGGGUGCAGGUGGGCUCUCCUCCCUGUGGGCCCUCCAUAGGCCCCCUGAACCCUCUGUACCAGCGUCUCUGGCCUCGAGUUCCAAGAGCUUGGUGAGCCUGGCUGGAAGUGUACAGUAGGCCCUAUCCUAGCCCCGGAAGCUCCCUGAACCCCAGCUCAGUGAAGAUGCUGGGCAAGGCCAUGGGGAGCCCUCCAGCCCCUCAAGGCUUGGUGCCAUGAAUUGGAGGGCUCUGGAUAGGGAUGAGGGGACAGCAGACAGAGCCUUCAGGGAGGGGAUGGCCUGGGCAGGAAGUGAGGGGACCCGCCUGGUGACAGGUUGUACACGCUCUAUAUGCAGGAUGCCUGUUGAGCUGGUGAGUGGCGCUCCAGGUGAUAUUCCCUGGCUUCGCCCUCACACAUGCUUCCCUGGCCUAGUGGCCUCCUGCUGGUGGCUGUGCAAGCAACCCCUGUGCACCUCCCCAGGCCUCCUGGCCCGCAACAGGAUAGCAGUGACCCCAGGAGAACCCCAGGAUUGCUUUUGUAUUAGAUUGGUAUUUUAUUCCUGUUUUAUUUAUUGUAAUGACAGUGUUUCCACCCUAAAUAAACUUUGACUACAUUGCCACCUGCUUCUCCUGUGGGUGAAGAAUGGGAACCCAAUGGGGCCAGGCUCCAGGGACUACCACAGCCAGGACUGACCCUGGGUCCUCCCCAGCUCUCAGGCGUGACCGACCUUGGUGAAUGUUUCCCAAGUGCCUGUGAUUGAGUACUCUGCUGUUCCUGUUGGACAUGUGUUGUGCAACAUGCAAUGAUAAAAUCAAGGUAAUCAGUGUUUCUGUCUCCUCCAAUAUUUACCAUGGCUGAGCACUGGGAAGCUAAUCGCUGGGGAAAAGCGAAAGGUAGCCAUGGUGAGUUGUCAUCUGCCCCCAGCUUGAGAGGCUGUUGUUGAAGACAGGCGCACUGGUUCCCUGAGCAGGGCCUGCACUGCAGCUGGUGGUGUGGACAGAAUGGGAACUGGGCAGACAGGCCGCAGCCUGGAGCCUCUAGACUGGAGGCAAUCCGCCAGGCCCCUUGGGGGGACACUGCUCUGCUCUGAAGAGUUGUUCUUUGUUUUCUUUAAGUCCACUCUGUUGCUCUAACAAGCUCAGUUCUCAUGGUUCUCUUUUCCAGGGUUAUCAUUUUCUGCUUUUAAUUCUGAACUGUUUGUGUCAUUUGAUCUGAAGUGUGUGUAUCUUGUAAACAACACUGUGGUUUGUUUGUUUGUUUGUUUGUUUCCAUUCAGUG